AUGGUUUCAAAGCCCACCUUUCUUUGUCUAGCUUCGCAGUUGAGAAGCAUAGGAUCUCAAUUGGAGUGUUAUGGCGGUGAUGUCAAGAGGCAUUGCUCAUUAUCUGGCUUGGUAUUGGAUGAUGGCUUCGAGUUUUUUCCGGAUUCGAAUAUGGACUUAACUCCAAUCCUUCAUGUCUUGGUCUUUGGUACUUGGGAUUGGAGGCCUCGUCUCGUUUCCUGGAUCGGCGACGGUGCUGGUCUGGUAGUGGAAUAUGCGGUGGCAAGGAUCGGAGGAAGGGGGAUCGGGGCAGGUCUUGAAUUUUGGGAGCCUCUGACGCUGUUUGAGAUCGCAAAUGGAAUUGGGGUGCCUAUGAAAAUUGAUCAGAAUACCUUAGAUAGAAAACUUGGUCUCUUUGCAAGGGUUUUGGUUGAUAUUGAUUUAUCUUCUGAUCCUCCACAUGAAUUGGAUGUUCGUCGCAACAACGGAGAUAUUGUUGUGAUUGAAGUUGGAUACGAGCGUCUCCCUGAUCUUUGCUCGCAUUGUGGCAAUGUUGGGCACAACGUUACAACUUAUAAGCUUCUACGAAACCAUGCAGCUUCUGGUCAGAUUGUGAUUGAGAUGGGUCAAGGUCAAUCGUGUAAGUGUCGUCGACAGAAGACAAAACAAGUAUUUGUUGCAAAGAAUACUGAGCAAGUGGAUAAGGGAAAGAAGAUGGUUGUUGCUCCUAUGCCAAGUGUGAAUGCAAAUGCUAGAGAGGGUCCUUCAUUGGCACGAGCAUCUCUUCCUCUUGCUACAUCAGUGGUUGUUGAUUCGGAAUUGAAUAGGGUUAUGGAUAUUGUUGAACAAACUCUAAUUGUUGAGAAGGUCACUGCUCCAACUACUAGUCCAUCUGUUGUCGAGCAAGCCAUUGUUCCAAUAGUACAGGAGAUAGGACAAAUUAUCUCCAGCCCAGUUGCAAGUUCAGUUCCAACAAACUCUCCAAGUAAUGUUAAUGUCAAUAUUUCCACUGGUAAUAGCUUUGAGAUUCUUUCUCAAAUGCAGCAAGGAAAGAGCAUUGUUGUAGACGAGCAAGAGGAAGUUGGAGAGCGCAAUGACAAUUUGGUUGGCAAUAAUAAUACAAAUUCUAAUUUGGUAGAAUCUAUUGCUCAUCAAGCUAAGUUCUGUUGGGGUGAUUUGGAAUAUGAAGAACCCCUUGGUCAUCAUACAUAUGCUCAGGCUGAGAUAAGUCCAGUGUGUUCUUGGUUUGAAGAGGGUGAAGCAAUUCUGGCAGAUGAGAAUCUUCUUAAGUCUCUCUCAAAGUCUCAAAAUAAAAAAUUGAAGACCAAGAGAGAUUCACGUGAUCCUUACCCUACCCGCAAUCAAACGCCCGUUGUGUGUCUUGAUCUUUGA